ACCCGCCGGCCGCGAGCCCGGCGCUCGACGUGGCCCCGGACGUCUUCGUCGUGCGGGUGCUGCUGGAGGAGACCGGGGAGAUGUUCCGAGUGACAGACUGCCGCAGCGACAUGACCGUGCGGGAGCUCAAAGAGGAGCUGGACCUGAUGGCCGGCAUCCCUUUCAACCUCCAGCGGCUCCAGUACCUGGACCAAGGAGUUUUGAUGGAUGAUUCUACGCUGAAGUUCCAUGAUGUUGUUCCUGGUGGAAUUAUUUCAUUAUGUAUCUGGCAUUAUGAUGGAUGGACGGAACUGGUUUUGGCGGCUGUGGACGGAGAUCCCAGUAAGCUCUCUUGCCUUGGUGUUGCUGAAGAUUCUUUCUACAGAACUACAAAUUCGCAGCAUUUUGAAGACGAGCAGUGGAAGGACUGGAUAUCUCAGAGAGCGUUCGUGGCGUUGUAUAUUACCUCACACAGAGGUCACUUGGAUGCUGUGCAGUACCUUCUAGAACACGGAGCCAACUGUCUCAGCAAGUCCCCCGUGGGCAGGACACCCCUGCACGUGGCCGCAGCCAUGGGCCAGUCAGACUGCAUAGACCUCCUGCUCAGCCAUGGGGCCUCCAUCAACGACAAAGACGCCAAGGGGGAGACCCCCAUGUCCAUCGCCCACCGCCUGCACCGCGAGCACGGCGAGCGGAGGAUGUUCCUCCACUACUGGAAGGCCAAGUGCAGGACAGCGGCCCCGACGGACUUGAUCAUGAGGAAGUUCUUUCAGGGAGUCAAGUCUGGGUUUGGCUCCAAGAAGAAGAACAGAACUUAGCUCCCCUUCGGAAUGUUUGCACGUCAAAGCUGACUUGGGUAACUUUUCAGAGUUCAAAUCCACGGUGGCCCUUGGCAGGCAGGAAGGCAGGAAAACAUGGC